AUGAAGGGCGAUAAGAAUGUAGAUAUUCAGGCUCUGAAGGAUAUGGCCAAUAAACUAAGAAUCGAUAGCAUUGUCGCAACAAAUGCAUCAAAAUCCGGUCACCCCACAUCAUGCGCGUCGAUGGCGGAGAUCAUGUCGGUAUUGUUCUUCCACACCAUGCGCUACAAGGUCUCCGCACCGAGGGACCCCUCCGCCGACCGGUUCAUACUCUCCAAAGGUCACGCAGCUCCCAUCCUAUACGCGGCGUGGGCGGAGGCGGGGCUGUUCCCGGUGGAUGAGCUGAAGAACCUGCGCAAGCUGGACUCUGACCUGGAGGGACACCCCACCCCACGUCUGAGCUUCGUUGACGUGGGUACGGGAUCGCUCGGCCAGGGUCUGGCUGUCGCCGCAGGGAUGGCAUACGUUGGGAAGUACUUUGACCAGACGCCUUACAGGGUGUACUGCUUAGUGGGAGACGGCGAGGCUGCAGAGGGCAGCAUCUGGGAGUCGCUGCACUUCGCCAGCCACUACAAGCUUGACAAUUUGGUGGUCAUAUUUGACAUCAACCGUCUUGGACAGUCUGAACCCACCUCGCUCCAGCAUCAGAUGGAUAUCUAUGAUGCACGUCUCAAAGCCUUUGGACUGAACUCCAUCGUAGUGGACGGUCAUGAUGUUUCCGAGCUGGUGAAAGCUUUCGAUGAGGCGGCUUCAGUUACUGGACGCCCCACUGCCAUUGUUGCCAAGACAUACAAGGGACGAGGCUUCCCCGGCAUUGAGGAUGCUGAAAACUGGCACGGAAAGGCCCUUGGAGCUGAGGGAGAGAAGAUCAUUAAGCACCUGCAGUCCCAAAUCAAAAACAGCUCGUUGAGUCUGAAGCCCCGGGCUCCGGUGGCCGAAGCCCCAGCUGUGCACAUUGCAGACAUCUCGCUGUCCUCUCCGCCUUCCUACAAGAAGGGAGAGCUAGUAGCCACUCGUUUGGCCUAUGGAACUGCACUCAAGAAAAUCGCUGACACCAACAUGAGGGUGAUUGCGUUAGAUGGAGAUACCAAGAACUCUACAUUCAGUGACAAGCUGCGCAACGCCUACCCUGAAAGGUACAUCGAGUGCUUCAUCGCGGAGCAGAACCUGGUGGGCGUGGCGACGGGCGCCGCCUGCAGGGACCGCGCCGUGGUCUUCGCUUCCACCUUCGCCGCCUUCUUCACGCGCACCUUCGACCAGAUUCGUAUGGGAGCAAUCAGUCAGUCCAACAUCAACUUGGCGGGUUCCCACUGCGGUGUGAGCAUCGGAGAGGACGGACCUUCACAGAUGGGUCUGGAAGAUCUUGCCUUGUUCCGAGCAGUACCCACAGCUACAGUCUUCUACCCUUCAGAUGCUGUAUCCACUGAGAGAGCCGUGGAGUUGGCAGCCAACACGCGCGGCAUCUGCUACAUCCGCACCUCCAGACCCAACACUGCGGUCAUAUACAACAACGAUGAAGUCUUCAAGGUGGGUCAGGCGAAGAUAGUGCGUCAGAGUGGUGCGGACCGCGUGCUGUUGCUGGGCGCCGGCGUCACGCUGCACGAGGCGCUCGCCGCCGCCGCCGCGCUGCACCAGGAAGGUAUCGAGGCUCGAGUGAUGGACCCGUUCACAGUGAAGCCUUUGGAUGAGGCCGCUGUACUGAAACACGCUAAGGCUGUUGGGGGAAGAGUAUUGGUCGUUGAGGAUCACUACCAAGCUGGUGGAUUAGGUGAGGCAGUGAUGUCAGCGUUGGCGAUGGAAAGGGAUGUGAUAGUGAAGCACAUCUUUGUCCGCGGAGUGCCCCGCUCUGGACCACCAACGGCUCUCCUAGACAUGUUUGGUCUCUCUGCACCUCACAUCACAGCUGCUGCCAAAACUCUGCUCAAUGCUUAG